ACCUGGCGCCCCUGGCCGACCAGACGUCAGUGGCUGCGGGCGGCUGAAGCUUUUGGGGACUUCGCUGUCAGCUUUUGUUCGAGCAACAUUCAAAUCGUCUAGCAGCCGACAGUUCUGCGUUUCACGGACGUUAAACGACAUAAACGCACGUAGAAAUGUAAACCGCGAGUCUUUGUUGAGCUAGGUAUCGACAGAGAGAAUCGCUGAAGAAUUCCAGAUCACCACCAGCGUUAUUCCUGCUGCUGUCUCUCGUCACAACCAUCCUCUGCUCUCCACGUUUGCCUGACUCCUCUGGUUGUCACCAUGGCGACUCAGUUCCUCCUCCGGCCGUGUCGCUGAGCCGCCACUCUGGACCGCCAUCAUGGAGAGGAAACGCAGAAAGAAAUCAGACUAGCUGCCUGGGCUGUUUGCAGUAUGAACUCUUUUCUGGAGCCGAGGACCUGAAAAUUAUCUGUUCUGACUUCUGAUCCAGGAUCAGGUGUUCGCUGCUUCACAGCAAAACAAACAACAAUGUUUAUUUUUUCUGUGUCCGUGCUUUUGGGGCUGCUGGCCGCCUUGCUGCCCGCCGUGGGGAUGAGGGCGGAGCCGGGGGCCACACCUCGUUCGAAUCAAGCCUCCAGCAUGGAGCCCCCUUCCUCAACCACCGAGUCCAACUGCUCCCAGUUGACCCUUAAACUGGAGUUCUCCUCUGAGGUGGUGGAACACGAGUACAUCGUAGCGUUUACGGGGUAUUUCUCAGCCAAAGCUCGCGGCCUCUACAUCCGCAGCGCCUUACGGAGUUCUGGAGACGACAAGCUGGAGUGGCACAUCCUUCCCAGGGAAAACCCGGCUUCCGACUUCCCCAGCGACUUUGAGCUGGUCCACAUCCGUCAGGCUUCUCCCAGCAGCCUGCUGACCUUAGAGGACCACCCUUACAUCAAGAGGGUGACACCGCAACGCAAAGUUUUCCGCUCUCUCAAGUACAUUCCCUCACCUGAACCUGCGGCACCCUGCAACACCACCCAGGGGAAUCAAAAGUGGCAGUCGUGGCAAUCCUCCCGCCCCUUCAGACGAACCAGCCUCUCUCUGGGCUCGGGCUUCUGGCACGCCACUGGCCGCCACUCCAGCCGACGUCUGCUGCGCGCCAUUCCUCGCCACGUGGCUCAGAUCCUGCAGGCGGAUGUCCUCUGGCAGAUGGGACACACCGGUGCUGGGGUGAAGGUGGCGGUUUUUGACACCGGUCUGAGUGAGAAGCACCCACAUUUCAAGAAUGUAAAGGAAAGGACCAACUGGACCAACGAGAAGACCCUGGAUGAUGGACUGGGACAUGGGACGUUCGUAGCGGGAGUGAUAGCCAGCAUGAGGGAGUGUCAGGGCUUUGCCCCCGAUUCAGAGCUCCACAUCUUCAGAGUGUUCACCAACAACCAGGUUUCGUACACCUCCUGGUUUCUGGAUGCUUUCAACUACGCCAUCCUGAAGAAGAUCGAUGUUCUGAACCUCAGCAUCGGGGGGCCGGACUUCAUGGACCAUCCUUUUGUGGAUAAGGUUUGGGAACUGACAGCCAACAAAGUGAUCAUGGUUUCUGCUAUCGGCAACGACGGGCCUCUGUAUGGGACCCUGAACAAUCCGGCCGACCAGAUGGACGUGAUCGGAGUUGGAGGGAUCGACUUCGAGGACAACAUAGCUAGGUUUUCCUCCAGGGGCAUGACCACCUGGGAGCUGCCGGGGGGCUAUGGCAGAGUGAAGCCGGAUAUCGUCACCUACGGUUCUGGCGUUCGCGGCUCCGGGUUGAAGGAGGGAUGCCGUUCUUUGUCUGGGACCAGCGUGGCCUCUCCUGUGGUCGCAGGUGCUGUCACGCUUCUGGCCAGCACCGUCCAGAACCGGGAGCUGGUGAACCCCGCCUCCAUGAAGCAGGCCCUGAUCUCCUCGGCCCGCAGGCUGCCAGGGGUCAACAUGUUUGAGCAGGGUCACGGGAAACUGGACCUGAUCCGGGCCUACCAGAUCCUCAACAGCUACAGACCUCAGGCCAGUCUGUCUCCCAGCUACAUCGACCUGACGGAGUGUCCUUACAUGUGGCCUUACUGCUCUCAGCCCAUCUACUACGGAGGGAUGCCCACCAUCGUCAACGUGACCAUCCUCAACGGCAUGGGCGUCACCGGUAGGAUUGUUGACAAGCCCAUCUGGCAGCCGUACCUCCCGCAGAACGGCGACCACAUCGACGUGGCCGUCUCAUACUCGCCUGUUCUGUGGCCGUGGGCCGGUUACCUGGCGGUGUCCAUCUCUGUGGCCAAGAAAGCUGCGUCGUGGGAGGGAGUCGCUCAGGGUCAUGUGAUGGUCACUGUGGCGUCGCCUGCAGAGAACGACUCGGACGUGAGCGGAGAGCUGACGUCCACGGUCAAACUGCCCAUCAAGGUGAAGAUCGUUCCCACUCCUCCUCGCAGUAAGAGGGUGCUGUGGGACCAAUACCACAACCUGCGCUACCCACCGGGCUAUUUCCCUAGAGACAACCUCCGCAUGAAGAACGACCCUCUGGACUGGAACGGGGACCACAUCCACACCAACUUCAGGGACAUGUACCAGCACCUGAGGAGUAUGGGCUACUUCGUAGAAGUUCUGGGAGCACCCAUCACGUGUUUUGACGCCAGCCAGUACGGUACGCUGCUGAUGGUGGACAGCGAGGAGGAGUAUUUCCCCGAAGAGAUCACAAAGCUGAGGAGAGACAUCGACAACGGGUUGUCGCUCAUCGUCUUCAGCGACUGGUACAACACCUCGGUGAUGAGGAAGGUCAAGUUCUACGAUGAGAACACCAGGCAGUGGUGGAUGCCGGACACAGGGGGCGCUAACGUACCGGCUCUGAACGAGCUGAUCUCCGUGUGGGGGAUGGCCUUCAGCGACGGGCUCUACGAGGGCGACUUCACUCUGGCGGAUCAUGACAUGUACUACGCCUCCGGCUGCAGCAUUGCCCGUUUCCCAGAAGACGGAAUUGUAAUUGCAAAGAACCUGAAAGACCAAGGUCUGGAAGUGUUGAAGCAGGAGACCGCCGUGGUGGAGGGAGUUCCCAUCCUGGGACUGUACCAGACGCCGUCAGACGGCGGAGGUCGCAUCGCUCUGUAUGGAGACUCGAACUGCAUCGACGACAGCCACAGACAGAAAGACUGUUUCUGGCUCCUGGACGCUCUGCUGCAGUAUACUUCCUACAGUAUGACCCCCCCCAGCCUCAGCCACUCCCACAGCAGAGUAGCACCGCCCACAGGCAUAGAGCACCCACUCCCACAGAGACUGGACGGGAACCAUCUGUACCGCUACUCUAAAGUUCUGGAGGCUCACUUGGGAGACCCUAAGCCCCGCCCCCUACCAGCGUGCCCCCACCUGUCUUGGGCCAAGCCACAGCCUCUCAAUGAGACGGCCCCCAGUAACCUGUGGAAGCACCAGAAGCUUCUUUCUGUGGAUCUGGACAAAGUGGCUCUGCCCAACGUCAAGUCCUACCGUCCCCAGGUCCGUCCUCUGUCUCCUGGGGAGAGCGGGGCCUGGGACAUCCCCGGAGGGAUAAUGCCGGGUCGCUACAACCAGGAAGUGGGUCAGACCAUCCCCGUGUUCGCCUUCCUGGGAGCGAUGGUCGUCCUGUCCUUCUUUGUGGUCCAGCUCACCAAAGCUAAGGGCAAACCCAAGCGAAGGAAACCACGCAUCAAACGGCCCACGUACCUUCAGCAGCAGACGACGGCGACAACGGUGGCUCCUGGGAAAACCCCCACCGUGUGACAGCUGCCGGAUCAAACAGGCAGCUGUGUUUUUAACCUUCCAGAGGCCUCUGGACAUCCUGGGAACCGUUUUUGUGCCUCUUGUCCUCUGAAGGUUGUUGGCGUUUGUGUGUCUCUGGACCAUUUGACAGUAUUGAGACAACCCCAUGAUGGACUCGGAACAGGACCCAGUCAGUCCAAGUGUCCGUUUCCCUCCGUCUAAACGGUUUCUUUAUGUAUAAAAUAACGUUACUUUUAUAUUUAUUGAGCGUGACUCGGACCCGCCGCAGCUUUCAGUCACAGGAUCUGUCGAGUCGGUGCCUGGUUUUCUACGUCUAACCGGCUCUUUGUUGUUUUUAUGUUUUAUAUGACGGAUGAACUCUGAGCACGUCUCCUGUUGGAAUCAUCCCUCGUGAUCUUCACGGUCAGAACAGUGGCUUUGAUGGACUCGUUCAGACAUGUCAUCAAUAAAAAAGCAGAAUUCCGA